CAGGAUAAAAAGUGUCUGAAGUGUCUCUCACACACUGUCUAACACACUCAGGCGGGCGCACGCCCCUCUUCCCGCUGGCUACUCACACCGACGCAAGCCAGCUACCUAGGGCCGCCUCGGCAGCUGUGGCUCCUGCAGAUCCUACGACUGUUGUCGCAUGUGUGGAAAGGGCCAGCGAAAAAGACCCCACCACACUCCCCUUGUAUGCCCAGAGGCCUGCGGCUGCUGCCGCGGGGCUGUAACGGUGGGGGGCUGUGCCGGUGCCUGUGGCGGGCUGACCGACUUGGGCUCUGAACACACACACAUCACACCAAAGACACAGACACAUCCAAGCCCCACUCACGAAGGAAUGGUGCCUGUGGCGGGCUGACCGACUUGGGCUCUGAACACACACACAUCACACCAAAGACACAGACACAUCCAAGCCCAACUCACGAAGGAAUGCUCCCGCUCAGUCACUGACCGAAUCUGACGCGAUAGGUCCGGCGGUUUUCCAUCCACACAGUGGCGAUCUCUUUGCCAUCCUCGAGGGUCAGGAUGCGGGGCGUGAAGUGAUCACGGCGAUAGCCGAACGACGAGCAGAUCGUGUGCAGUUGUGACACGUCCACCGCGGCUUGAUACACUGGGUUGUCCCGUAGGCUCGCCGGCAUAAAGCUGUGGUCGGUGAAAGUAGUGAGUCUGGCCCUCUCAUUGGCCCCCUCGCCGUGAAGGAGCUCCACACCCAUGAGGUCGUCUGCGGGCAGAAUGGGAGGCCAUGACAGCCCUUUGGUUGUCGUCUCGCGCUCGAUAUAGGAACUCAUGUGGUCUGUAGAGAGCAAUCACCAUACGACACGACAGCCCGAUGUGAAGGAUGAAGUGAGAGGGCAUGAUGUGAUGCCUGCCUGUGUGUGCACCGCACCCACCUAUGGACUAGAUCAGCACUUGCUGACAGGAGCAACAGCAACGCCUCACACGGGUGCUGAGAGGACGCACCAGAGAGCACACAGAUGAGCGGUAGCUCUGUGAUAAGUUUGUCUGCACUGCGUGUGUUCGUACCUCUUGUCAACUCAAUGACUUCGGUGAGCGUCGCAGCACUGUGGCUGUCAACGACAGGUCUGAAACACGUUGACGCGGUUGCCGGCGGGGCAGAGGAGGCUGUCUGCGUCGGGCACAGUGAAGAGGAGAGGCCCGCCCUGAUAGGGAGCGCCGCACACCCACAGAACUAACGGCUGGCGGUGCCUAUGUGAGAGAG